AUCUUGUAACAAAGCUUCCUGCCAAAUAGUGCUCCCUAACAACAGACAAAGCUUGACACUGUGGAUUCAGCAGAAGACGCUUAAAUAAAAGCGUUUCUCAUUCACUCCUUCAAUGGGUCCGGACAGGCUCUCCAGGUGCAGAGAGUAGGCUGAGCGUGCAGACAUGUCGGGUUGCUCUGCUGCAGAGAUGGACGACUCACAGGACCUGCCUGAGCUGCCAGCAAAGAAAGCCAAGCUUGAGAUAGAUGGUGGACUGGAGAAAGAGCCAAGUAACCUGGGUGAUGAUGGGAGUCCAGCUGCUGUUUUAGGUCCGUCAGAGCAGGAAAACUCUUAUUCUGCCCUGUCCACUGCCCAGCUUGAUCCAGGUGAUCAGGAGCAGUCUGACAGAGGGGCAGCAGCACCUCAAGCAUGCGGCGACUCGAUGAACUCGUAUGCUCAUUCUGCCACAGAUGCAACAGCCACAUCUGAAUACACCCAACAGGUUUAUCAAGGAAGCAACCCAGCAGUGACGUCGUACACCAGCCAGGUGGCCUUUCCUCCUCUGGCCCAGUCCACUGUGUACUCCACCUUCCCUCAGACAGGCCAGACCUACGGCCUCCCGCCCUUUGGUGCUAUGUGGCCAGGCAUAAAAACAGAGACAGGGCUGCCUGAGGCGCCCUCUGGUGGCCAGCCUGGGUUUCUCAGCUUCAGCACCACAUAUACCUCAACCCAGCCAGGCCAGCUGCACUACUCAUACCCCAGCCAAGGCUCAAGCUUCACAACAUCUAGCGUGUACUCCAACAUCCCGUCAGCUACAGCCACCACUACAGCCUCCACCGCAGUGGCCCACCAGGAAUUUAGUAGCUACAACUCUCUGGGCCAGAGUCAGUUCUCUCAGUACUACGCUCUGCCUCCCAGCUAUGUGCCCGCUGGGCUGGCCAGCAGCGACGAGCAGGGCGCCGGCGUGGGCGUGGCUGGAUAUUCAGCUGUGAAGUCAGAGGAGGCCACCUCAGCUGGACUGCCUCCCAGAGAUGCGUCUCCACCAGAGAACCUCCCAGCAGGCGCAGCUCUGCCCCCCAGUGUCGCUCUCCCUGCCGGAGCCAGAGAGCAGGACGAGGUCGGACGCAGGAACUCAGUCGGGAAAGCCAAAGGGAAGGCCAAGAAGUCUGAUAACCCCCCCCCUGCUGACAGUGACCUGGAGCGUAUUUUUCUCUGGGAUCUGGAUGAGACCAUCAUCAUAUUCCACUCACUGCUCACUGGCUCCUACGCUCAGAAGUUUGGCAAGGACCCGGCGACGGUGCUGAACCUGGGCUUACAGAUGGAGGAGCUGAUAUUUGAACUGGCAGACACUCACCUUUUCUUCAAUGACCUGGAGGAAUGUGAUCAAGUCCAUGUUGAGGACGUGGCCUCUGACGACAACGGACAGGACCUGAGUAAUUACAACUUCAUGGCGGACGGCUUCAAUGGCCCCAGUGGUGGAGGGGCAGCAGGAGCCACCACAGGAGUCCAGGGAGGGGUGGAGUGGAUGCGUAAGCUGGCCUUCCGCUACCGCCGGCUAAAAGAGAUCUACAACAGCUACAAAGGAAAUGUUGGAAGCCUGUUGAGUCCCAUGAAGAGGGAACUGCUUCUACGGCUUCAGUCUGAGAUCGAGAACGUUACAGACGCCUGGCUCAGCACAGCGCUCAAGUCCCUGCUGCUCAUCCAGUCCAGGGGGAAGUGUAUGAACGUGUUGGUCACCACCACUCAGCUUGUUCCAGCUCUGGCCAAAGUGCUGCUCUACGGCCUGGGAGACGUCUUCCCCAUCGAGAACAUCUACAGCGCAACCAAAAUAGGGAAAGAGAGCUGCUUUGAGAGGAUCAUCUCUCGCUUUGGGAAGAAAGUUACUUAUGUGGUGAUCGGUGACGGUCGAGAUGAGGAGUUUGCAGCAAAACAGCACAAUAUGCCUUUCUGGCGGAUCUCCACUCACGGCGACCUUGUGUCCCUGCACCAAGCGCUGGAGCUGGAUUUCUUGUAAAAGGAGAGGCGGCGUCGAAUGUCGCACACCUAAAAGGGAAAAAAAACGUAGUUGUCAUGGUCGUCGUCCUGUUGGCUCAUGGAGUGACACUGUGUGUGUGUGUGUGUGUGUGUGUGUGGGGAGGGGGUAAUCCUCCACAA